AUGUCAAACCAUGACUACUCAGCAUAUGAAGAUUUUGUACAGGAUGCCAAGGACAUCAUCCAUCGCCUCCCAAUUAAGCUUCAGAGUCGAUUUCACAGAAUGAUCAAAAACAAAGUAUACAGCACAAUGGAGGAGCCAAAGAAUGGACCAAUCUUUGACUACUCCAGCAGGACAAACAGGAAGCUGGUAGUGACACUGCUCACCAUCCUUAUCGAGUGCACUAGUCAUCUCUACUUUGCAACCCACAAACUAAGUCUGUCCCACAAUCAUAUUGACCUUGGAAAACAGAUGAGGGCACACAUCAACUUCCUCAUUGCAAACCCAGACAGUGAUGCCUCUUGGAUCCUGGACCUCAAGAUUGAGAGCAACAAGCCCAACACCUCGGCUGAUACAGGCAAUGUGCCUUACUAUCAUGCUGAAGAUAUUGGCCAACACGACACUCGAGAUGCUGCAUCGUCAAGCAGCGAGGCUCAACACACCGAGACGUCCGAGAUGUAA